AUUAUUCGAAGCGUCCGAUGGCCGAGUGGGUGCUCUUCUGGGGCUCGCUCCUCACGGCCUUCGCGCCCAUCAGCGCGCUCUUCCUCCUCGUCGUGGCCCAGCGAGCGCAGCUCGUGAUCCUCGCUAUCACGGCCGCGUUCUUCUACCUCCUCGGGCUCCUCGUCGCAGCCACGGUCUGGACGGCGAUACCGCCGCUCCAGACCUCGAUCCAAGCGACGAUUCCCAUCUCCAUCUUGAUCCAAGAGCUCUUCCGCUACCUCUUCUUCAAUGUGUACGUGCGCUGCGAGCUGGCGGUCAAGAAGGUCACGACCAAGCAGAACCAGCUACCGCUAAACGAUCUGACAACCGCCUUUGCGUCUGGCGUCGGAUUCGCGCUCAUGCGAGCACUCAUGCUAUAUGGCACGGUCUUGGCUGCAAGCGUCCAAGGCGAAGGUGCGGCGUUCACGGACUCGUGCCCGUCCGUGCCGCUUGUGUUUGCGUCCGCGCUGUCGACGCUCGCGCUUACGCUCAUGGACGUGGCGCUGAUGAUCGUCGCGUUUGAAGGGUUCCGCAAAAAGUCGGUUGCGCACAUUGCUGCCGUCGUGCUCAUCCACCUCGGCUCGGGGCUAUCGAAUAUGCUCAACUUGAAUGAGGUCGGCUGCAAAGCGUCGAUCCCACUGACGUACGUCGCGACGGCCCUUGCAGUCGCCGCCGCCAUGUUGACGCUCAAGCGAUCGAGCAUGGCAUCGUUCCCGUAAAAGGCGCUUAUGCACGUGUUGCGUGUAAAUAUCUUUGUUCUCUGGAAUGAUCCAAGCCUUACACCCUUGGCUUUCUGCGUUGUCGCAGGCAGUGUCUCUAGAGACUAUGAUGAGCCGCUGCGAUCGCAACUUAGAACGUGCGUACAACCCUCCGAAAGCGUUAGGUGGGAAGUGUGGUACCCUCACUAGACUACGUUGCAACCUAUUAUUAUUACUAAAAUCCUAUUGCGUCUCC